UUUAGUGUCAAUAUAUUAGUGUAAUAUGAUACAAUUUUAAUUAAACUAUAAUUAUUAAACAUCUGUACUGUCAAUUCCAAAGUGAGAGCUGCAGUUUGCACUUUGCAGUUUCAGAUCAUGUCGUCAGACAUAGAUAUCGAGGAGCAUGACGUAUUAGAGCAUCCUUCUAUCAAGAAGAUAUUUCCAGACCUGUCAUGGAUAAAAACAGAAUUUAUUAGUCUGGAUGAUGAAGAAUCAACAGUGUUUAAAAACAUAAGAAUAGAAACCACUUCAGAAUCUCAAUGUGUCGAAGAGUUUGAACAGAGAAAUGACCCAGUACAAGAUAAUGAAGUAAUCAUUUUGGAUGAUGUACAAUGUCCCGGGCUUGGAGAAAAAAAUGAAUUAACGCUUGAGACGGGCAUACGGUCACGGAAUGUAGACACGGAACCAAUCAUUGUAGAAGAUGAAGAAUGUGAAGAUGUAUUUGAAACAUAUGAUAACAUGGAUAAAAGAACAAGAACAAAGGCCGGGGAACGAGUGGAAAAUGUUCCAAGUUCCAUAUUAUUAUUGCAAGCACGACAACAUUCGUAUUUUUCUAAGAUUCAAUCAUUAUAUGAUUUGACGUUAAACCUUAGGAAGGAAGACGAAAAACUUUUCCAAAUCAAAACGUCUAAUAUUCAAGCACUUCGUACUGAAUUUAAUGACUUAGUAUCUCAAUUGAGCAAAUGA